CGACAACGACUGGAAGAGAAAACAAACACCUAUCCUAUCCCUGCACACCACAAGUAUGAGUGUUAAUUUAAGACGAAAUGAAACUACAACUUUAGUUCUUGUGGUAGACCACACACACUCUUCACCACCAGCUGCUCGAACCUCCUGAUUUGAUUCCCAUAGUAAUUAUCAAAUUCCCCUUUUCAGUUUUCUUCAACUCCUAGAUUCUUUUGUUCUGUAUCAGGGUUUCAAUCUGUCAUCUACAUAUGAUUGAAUUCAGCUAAUUAAACAACCAAUCGGUAACCCUAAAGUGGGUACUUCGUUUGGAUGUGUUUUGAAGAACAAUUCGUGUUGUUCUGAAAGUUUUACGCGUUAAAACAGCGUUUUGACUUCAAUUUUGGGGUACCCAGUUGACCCGCCUUCCACCUGUUCGAUCAAAUGCUUCAGAGAUAUAAUAACUUAUCUGCAUUCCACCUGUUCGACGAUAUGUCUCAGAUGUUUUUGUCUUCCAGCACCCAACAAAUUCCAUUAAUUUACUUGACUAGUUUGUGUUGACUGAUGUUUGUUAGGCUUUCUUGAUGUUUUAUUGACAUUCUUGCAUUUACAAAGCUACGAUGUCUAUAUUGUGUGGAUUCCCUUUGCUAGAAUGUGUAUACUGUAUCGGAUGUGCUCGGUGGGCGUGGAAACGAUGCCUUUAUACCGCAGGCCACGACAGUGAGACAUGGGGCGUGGCGACUGCUGAUGAAUUCGAGCCGGUCCCUCGGCUUUGUAGGUAUAUAUUAGCAGUGUAUGAAGAUGAUCUUAGAAACCCUCUUUGGGAACCUCCGGGCGGAUAUGGGAUUAAUCCGGAUUGGUUAAUCUUGAAACGAACUUACGACGAUACUUGUCGCCGGGCCCCACCAUACUUGCUGUAUCUCGAUCAUGAUCAUGCUGAUAUAGUUCUUGCUAUUAGAGGCCUUAAUUUAGCGAACCAGAAAGAUUACGCGGUUUUGUUGGAUAAUAAGUUGGGUCAAAGGAAAUUUGACGGCGGGUAUGUUCAUAACGGAUUGUUGAAAGCAGCGGGUGUCGUGUUGGAUGCAGAAUACGACACGUUGAAGAAACUGUUGGAUGAUUAUCCGAACUACACUUUGACUUUUACCGGUCAUUCACUUGGGUCAGGCGUGGCGGCAUUGAUGGCAAUGGUGGUGGUGCAACAUCGGCAUAAGUUGGGUAAUAUCGACAGAAAAAGAGUCCGUUGUUAUGCUAUCGCGCCUGCACGGUGCAUGUCGUUGAAUUUGGCUGUGAGAUAUGCGGAUAUCAUCAAUUCCGUUGUUCUUCAGGAUGAUUUCUUGCCUCGGACAGCCACACCUUUGGAAGACAUUUUCAAAUCACUUUUCUGUUUGCCGUGCUUGUUGUGCUUAAGAUGCGUAAAAGACACGUUCACAUCUGAGGAGAGAAAGAUUAAAGAUCCAAGGAGGCUUUACGCACCGGGUCGCCUUUAUCACAUCGUAGAGAGAAAACCUUUCAGAUGUGGUAGGUUUCCGCCAGUUGUAAGGACAGCCGUCCCUGUAGAUGGGAGAUUCGAGCACAUAGUUCUUUCUUGCAAUGCUACUUCCGAUCACGCCAUCAUUUGGAUAGAAAGGGAAGCCAAAAGGGCUUUAGAUUUGAUGUUGGAGAAAGAUCCAAUAAUGGAAAUUCCUGCAAAACAGAAAAUGGAAAGACAGCAAACUUUAGCGAAAGAACACGGUGAAGAGUAUGCGGCUGCACUGCAACGGGCUGUGAAAUUAGCAGUGCCGCAUGCAGUGUUACCGUCUCAGUAUGGCACGUUUCAAGAUUCAGAGGACGGGGAGGGAUCCAGUGUGGAGUCGUCCAGGAAGCAUACCCCGGGCGGAAGUUGGGACGAGCUAAUUGAGAGUUUAUUUGAUAAAGAUGAAUCUGGUCAGAUGGUGUUAAAGAAAUCGCAUUCUAUUGUUUGAUUCUGUAAGUGUUUUGUUACUCGAAAUAAGGUGAAGUGUAUAGUACGGUCGUCUUUUGGUUUAACGAAGAGAGAAAUAUGAAGAUAAAAAGGUACUGUGUGAAUCUCAUGAGGUGAAAACUGGUUUCAUGGAGCAAAACAGAAGUGCAGUUUUGACUUUUGAGUAGUCUACUUGUUUAUGAUUUGGUAUGGACUCUGAUUUCUUCAAUAGAUAAGCUGGAGGGUCAAAACCGGUCCACUCAAAUUGGGUUGUUUUAGAAUAGUAUGGCUUGAUUAGGACCAAAGUGGACUGUAGUUCAAAAAGGGGUAGCGGCGCAGCUUGUUGCCCGUUUACCAACUAUCUUGAUGUAAAUUCAUAUAAAUAUGUCUGAGAAUGGAAAAAAAGUAUUAAGAGUGAUC